ACUUAUACUAAAUAUUUAAAUUAAAUUAAUUAAUUUAUAAAUAAUAAAACCCGAGAAUCAGAUGUCAAAAACUGUUUUCAACGGAACGAAAUUAAAAAGACUUACUGUUUAUUUAACGAUAAGAUUUUUUAAUAAUAAUCUUAUCAUGACGAAUACUAUCAAUUGUGACAAAAAUGUUGGUACAAUUAGUAAUAGCUCUCCUAUUUUUUGCAUUUUCUUCCGCACAAAAUGAUUCUUGUAUGGAUUUAUCAACGUGCGGAAAAUGCAUUCAAGAACCAAGCUGUAUUUGGUGUCUUAACCCAACGAACAACACGAUGAACUGUCAAAAUAAAGAAAACUCUUCAUGCGAAACGCAAGUCAGUGCAAAUAUUUCAUCAACAAUUAUAAGAAACGACCCUUUAUCAUCCGACCAACGUCAACAGUACGUUCAAAUACAACCACAACACAUCAAACUAAAAAUUCCAAAAAAUCAAGCACACACCGUCGAAUUUAAAUUUGCCAGGGCGCAAAACCCCCUUGAUCUCUACUUUUUAAUGGACGCUUCCUACACGAUGAAACCAUACAAAGAUUUAAUAUCGAAAUUGGGAAACGAUUUGGUUGAGGCAAUUACAAAACAAACGUCCGAUUAUAAAAUAGGAUUUGGAUCAUUCGUCGAUAAAACCUUACCGCCAAUCGAUUUUUUCCCUGGUAUAGCACCGAACUGUGGUUCGCAGAGUUGCAUAAGGGGAUACAGCUUCAAAAAUCAUUUGAGUUUAACGACAAACAUCGAGGAAUUCCAAACGAAAGUAAACGAAACAGAAAUUUCGAGCAACUUAGACCACCCCGAAGGAGGAUUAGAAGCUUUAAUCCAAGUACUCGUUUGCACGAACGAAAUCGGAUGGAGAAAAGAAGCUACACGUUUAGUUGUGUUCACCACGGACGAUUAUUUCCACGUUGCUGGAGAUGGCAGAUUAGUCGGGGCUUUACACCCCAACGAUGGACAAUGUCAUACAAUUAAUAACGAAUACACGAAAGAUCACGAGUUUGAUUAUCCAUCGAUUUCAUUCGUUAAUCAUAAAUCGUUAGAAAACGGAAUACACAUCAUUUUUGCAAUUGCCGAAAGUGAGGACGCACGAGUUAUUCAAGAGCAAUACAAAGAAUUAAAAAAACAUAUCGAUUUAUCUAAAUACCACAAACUUACUAAUAAAAGCGAAGAAAUUAUUAAUCUUGUUGUUGGUACUUAUAAGGUAAGAAUUUAAUUAAUUAAUUAAUUUAAUUUAAAAAUUUAGU